AUGUUCAACUCAUUCAUCAAGGCCGACAACUGGGUCAGCAGCAUAGAGGUCAUCCUUAUGUUGAACCAAUGUAAGGUGGUGCAGGCCGGUAUGGGCCAUGACGACCCCAAGGCACUCCACUGCCCGAUUGGGGUGCUCAGGUUCCUGCUCUCUGAUGAGAUAAAGAUAUUCACAAAGGAGCAGGUGUUGAACAAUCUAGUUCUGGACAUCAACCACAUUGAGUACAUACUCAAGUUCAAACCCACGCUACUCAAGCUUGAUACAUCACUGGAGCCACUGGUACAAUGUGCGUUGAUCAAUGGCCGCAUGGACAUACUUAGUUCACUUCUCAAUCAAAUCCCACUUCCCAAUCUUAAGCGAAUGAGAAAGUUACUCAAUUACACUCUCAUUACAUUUGGAAAUUCCGAGGCGAUCAAGAUGUUUGCCAAGAAAGGAUUGAUCCCCAAGAAAUCAAUCAUUGAACUGUUGGCAAGGCGUGGCGACUGUGGUCUAUUGGAUAUCGUCAUGGCCAACAUGCCCAGUUUGUUCAAUAAGCAACUUAAUAAUGGAGCAGAUGGUCCAAUCACAGUCAUUCCAUUCUCUGUGGUGGUCGAGCAAGCCAUUAAGUGGGGACAGGUUGACAUGGUCAAGCACAUCUACUCGCACAAAGGCAGCAAGAUCCAUUUGAUCAAACAUCACAGUACUGCUGUUAGUCUUGGCCAUGUCGAGCUGUUGGCUUAUCUCUGGGAAGUGGAGCCAGUAGAGAAUUAUGAAGAGGUGGAGGAGUUGUUCAACAAGGCCAUCAACACUGGCCAAAUUGGAUCAUUGGUGUGGCUACUCAAUCAUGUUGAUGAUGAUACAAGUGCACAGCUUAUGGCAGGUCCAAUCAACAUUAAGGAAGCAAUUGGAAAUAAUGACAUACCAAUGUUGCGUCAUCUGAUUGACAAUGGUGGAGUACUGGAUUUGAGGUCCAUUCACAAUCUUAAGACAUACCAGUCCAAUCCAGGAAUUCAAUCAUUCAUAGCGCAGUACAAGGAUCAAAGGGCGCAGCAAAACAAUACCCUCAAGCGUCGAUCGUCCAGCUCAAAUCCUCGUCCAAGUAAACAAUCCAGAAAGAAAUAA